GCCACCUCCACCCGUGGCCGUGGUAAUCAAAUCGGACGCACAUGCGGCGCGCCUCCCUUUCACGGCCUCCCCCCGUCUCCGCCUCCACCUAAUCCCGGCCCGGGCACCCCAAUCCGAGGCGCCUGCCGUGCGCUUUAAGUGAGCGCAACACAUCAAAAGCUGCAGCCAGCGGAGGCGGAGAGGAGAAGGAGAAGCAGCAGUAGCAGCAGGGCCGCCAACGCCCAACGCCAUGGCGGUGGGCGCGACCGCCACGAAGCUGCACCUCUCGUCGGCGGCCGCGGCCGCGCGCCGCCCCUCGCUGCUCCACCUCGCGGCCGUCGCCGUCCUCUGCUCGGUGUCCUACCUCCUCGGCAUCUGGCACCACGGCGGCUUCUCCGCGGGCCCCGCCGCCGCCGGCGGCGGCGUCUCCUCCUCGGUCUCCAUCGCCACCGCCGUCUCGUGCGCCACCCCAGCCCUGACGACCGCCUCCUCGUCUCCCCCCGCGGGGCCGCUCGACUUCGCCGCGCACCACACGGCGGAGGGGACGGAGGCGGAGGCCGCGCUCCGCCACCGCAGCUACGAGGCGUGCCCCGCCAAAUACUCCGAGUACACGCCCUGCGAGGACGUGGAGCGCUCCCUGCGGUUCCCGCGCGACCGCCUCGUCUACCGGGAGCGCCACUGCCCCGCGGACGGCGAGCGCCUCCGGUGCCUCGUGCCGGCGCCCAAGGGCUACCGCAACCCGUUCCCGUGGCCGGCCAGCCGCGACGUCGCCUGGUUCGCCAACGUGCCGCACAAGGAGCUCAGCGUCGAGAAGGCGGUGCAGAAUUGGAUCCGCGUCGACGGCGACAGGUUCCGCUUCCCCGGGGGCGGCACCAUGUUCCCUCGCGGCGCCGGCGCCUACAUCGACGACAUCGGCAAGCUUAUCCCCCUCCACGACGGAUCCAUCCGCACCGCCCUUGACACCGGCUGCGGGGUGGCGAGCUGGGGAGCCUACUUGCUGUCACGCAACAUCCUUGCCAUGUCCUUCGCUCCGCGAGACUCCCACGAGGCGCAGGUUCAGUUUGCACUAGAGCGUGGUGUGCCGGCGAUGAUUGGUGUCCUUGCCUCCAAUCGGCUCACCUAUCCGGCACGUUCCUUUGACAUGGCGCACUGCUCUCGCUGCCUCAUCCCAUGGCAACUUUACGAUGGGCUAUACUUGAUAGAGGUUGAUCGUAUCCUAAGGCCUGGAGGUUAUUGGAUUUUGUCUGGACCACCAAUCAACUGGAAGAAACACUGGAAGGGGUGGGACAGGACUAAAGAAGACCUGGAUGCAGAGCAGAAAGCCAUUGAGUCAGUUGCCAAGAGCCUCUGCUGGAAGAAGAUCAAGGAGGAGGGCGACAUUGCAAUCUGGCAGAAGCCUACUAACCACAUUCAUUGCAAGGCCAUCCACAAAGUUAUCAAGUCCCCGCCCUUCUGUUCUAACCAAAACCCAGAUGCUGCCUGGUAUGACAAGAUGGAAGCGUGUAUAACUCCACUCCCAGAGGUCAGUGACUUGAAGGAGGUUGCCGGCGGUGCGUUGAAGAAAUGGCCGGAGAGGCUAACUGCAGUGCCGCCCCGGAUUGCCAGUGGCAGCAUCGAGGGGGUCACGGAAGAGAUGUUUGUGGAAGAUACUGAGUUAUGGAAGAAGAGAGUUGGGCACUACAAGUCCGUGAUUGCUCAACUCGGCCAGAAAGGCCGGUACCGCAACUUACUGGAUAUGAAUGCAAAGUUUGGCGGCUUCGCUGCGGCAUUGGUAAAUGACCCCUUGUGGGUCAUGAACAUGGUCCCUACUGUGGGGAACUCAACAACCCUUGGGGUUAUAUACGAGCGUGGCCUCAUUGGGAGCUACCAGGACUGGUGUGAGGGCAUGUCCACUUACCCCCGGACCUACGACCUCAUUCAUGCAGAUUCAGUGUUCACACUGUACAAUGGCAGAUGUGAGGCGGAGAACAUUCUGCUCGAAAUGGACAGAAUUCUGAGGCCUGAGGGCACGGUCAUCAUCAGAGAUGACGUGGAUCUGUUAGUGAAGAUAAAGAGCAUCACGGACGGGAUGAGAUGGAAUAGCCAGAUCGUGGAUCACGAAGAUGGUCCGCUCGUCCGCGAGAAGCUCCUCCUUGUUGUGAAGACAUACUGGACUCUCGAUGACAACAAACAAUAGCAAUAACGUGGAAUAAAAGAGUUAGAAUGAUUAUUGACAUGAUCGGCAAAUCUUGUGACUGCCUCACCGUUUGCCCUGUGAAUCUGGUGGAGUUUGUUUUCUAUUUUCAUUUUGGGUAUUCAUUUUGGGGGGAUAGUUCACAUAAUGGAGAUAUAAUCUCCUUGUGUUAAGAUAUAAGAGGGAAACCCGGCACAGAUUUUGACAUAAAAAACAGACAUUGGGCAAAGUGGGGUAAAUAGAAAGUACAAUAUUGGGAUCAUUUUCGUCUCCGGGUGCACAUUGUUUGGUUAUUCUUAUUAUGAUGUUAUGUGAUCCCUUUUA